AUGCUAUCUGAAGGUGACAUCCUGUUCUCUUCUGUCUUCUCUCCUUAUUUUUGGCUGCCUGGUUUGAUCUUGCUCUUCUACCUAGUUUUUUAUGGGUUCUUGGCUGCACUGUUCUCAUUUACAAUGUGGGUUAUGCUUCAGACUCUGAAUGAUGAGGUUCCAAAGUAUCGUGACCAGAUUCCUAGUCCAGGACUUAUGGUUUUUCCAAAACCAGUGACUGCGUUGGAAUAUACAUUCAGUGCUUCUGAUCCAAGUUCCUAUGAAGGGUACAUUAAAGACCUUAACAAGUUUCUAAAGC